UGUACUGCACAAUUAAUGGAGGAAUACAAAUCACUGAAAAUCAUUCAAAAAUCCCCAAAUUCUCUGGUUUAUUACUUGUACCUCAACCGAUCCAGACGCUUCAACGCUCUCUCACAUGACUUCUUCACUGAAUUCCCCAAAGCCAUCUCCUCACUCGAUCAAAACCCCAAUGUCGCCGUCAUCAUUCUUGCUGGUUCCGGCAAGCACUUCUGUUCCAGCGUCAACUUCCAAACCCUAGCCGAUGUCUUCAAAGAAACCCAUGCCGCCGAUUGCGCCCGCAACGUCAAGAGGCUCCAGCGGCAUAUCAAGUUCAUGCAGGAGGCUAUUACUGCCCUAGAGUGUUGCCGUAAACCCGUGAUUGCCGCUGUCCAUGGCGCAUGUAUCGGUGGGGCGAUUGAUCUAAUUACUGCCUGUGAUAUUAGGUAUUGUUCUUCUGAUGCUUUUUUCUCCAUCAAAGAGGUGGAUUUAGCUAUGACGGCUGAUCUCGGGAUACUUCAGAGGCUACCCAGUAUUGUUGGUUCUGGAAAUGCCAUGGAGUUGGCUUUAACUGGUCGGAGGUUUACAGGUUCUGAAGCUAAAGAUUUGUGCUUGGUGUCUAAGGUUUUUACUUCUAAAGAAGCUUUGGAGGAAGGUGUCAAAGUUGUUGCUGAUGAAAUAGCUACAAAGUCUCCACUUGCUGUUAUUGGAACAAAAGCUGUGUUGCUGAGAAGUAGGGAUUUGACAGUGGAACAAGGCCUGGAUUAUGUUGCCACAUGGAAUUCUGGUACCCUGUUAUCAGAUGACUUAAAAGAAGCAAUUUCAGCACAUAGCCAAAAGAGGAAGCCUAAAUUUGCCAAACUGUAGUUUGGUAAAUGAUGGAAUUUGAAAUGGUGCGCGAAUAAGACCAUCUGUUGGUCGAGUGACGAGACUGAGAAGACACGGAAUGAUGCAUAAGUGUCUGUCUGGCUUUAUGAAAAGCUUUACGUAGAACCUCUAUUAUGCGCAAGGUCGACUUGGAUAUUUCUGUCUUGUGAAAUUGUACUAGUUGGUUAGUCUGAGAAAUGAUAUCAUAUGGAAAAAUCACCCACGUGUUUUUACAUGCUGCCUACAUCAUACUAAUGUUGCAGCAUAUGUAUUGUCAUUAUAUGACUUAAUUUCAAAUUAAACUUUUGUAAACUGACAUCUCAACAACACCAAUGUCCAGCGUUAAAUAACGAUCAAA